CGCCUUUAUCUUGCGCAUGCGCAGUCCCGCGGGUCUGACCUUCACUGGAGUAACCAUGUUCGCCCGGACCAGCGCUUUGGUUUUCGCCCCACAAUGUGGGCAGGUCAGGAACAUGGCUACCCUGAAGGACAUCACCAUUCGGUUGAAGUCCAUCAAGAACAUCCAGAAAAUCACAAAGUCCAUGAAAAUGGUGGCUGCCGCCAAGUAUGCCCGCGCUGAGCGGCAGCUGAAGCCGGCCCGUGUCUACGGCACCGGAGCUCUGGCUCUGUAUGAGAAAGCUGAAAUCAAAGCGCCCGAGGACAAAGCCGCCAAGCACCUGAUCAUCGGCGUGACCUCCGACCGUGGCCUGUGUGGCGCCAUCCACUCCGGCGUGGCCAAGACCAUCAAGAACGAGAUCGCCAGCCUGACUGACUCCGGCAAGGAGGUGAUGGUGGUCAAUGUGGGAGACAAGCUGAGGGGUCUGCUGCACAGAACUCAUGGACAGCACAUCAUCCUCAACUGCAAGGAAGUGGGCCGCAAGCCCCCCUCCUUCGGCGACGCCUCCAUCAUCGCCACCGAGCUGCUCAACUCGGGCUACGAGUUCGAUCAGGGAUCCGUGGUCUUCAACAGAUUCAGGUCUGUCAUCUCCUACAAGACGGACCAGAAGCCGGUGUUCUCCACCGACACCGUGGCCAACUCAGAGAGCAUGGGCGUCUACGACGACAUCGACGCCGAUGUGCUGAGGAACUACCAGGAGUUUGCUCUGGUCAACAUCCUGUACCUGGCUCUGAGGGAGUCGUCCUGCAGCGAGCAGAGCGCCAGGAUGACGGCCAUGGACAGCGCCAGCAAGAACGCCUCUGAGAUGAUUGACAAGCUGACGCUGACCUUCAACCGUACCCGCCAGGCUGUCAUCACCAAGGAGCUCAUUGAGAUCAUCUCCGGAGCCGCCGCUCUAUAAAUGGGCCAGGUCAUCGUUCGCCCGUAGCCCCCCCCCCCCAAAGUACUUCGGACACGCUGCUGUCGAGUCUAAUGAACGUUUGUGCUUCUAUUUGUAAAAUAUCCAGAGAAAAUAAACCUCCUACUCAGAACCUUCGCCCUCUUCUUCAGUUCCUGUAUCUGCCAAUAAAAUACUGAGAUGAAUGU